CCCGCCCCGCCCCCGCCGAGACCCCGACCCCGGCCCCACGGGCGGACACUCGGCCGGGCAGCCGCGGGCCGAGCGCAGCCGCCUCCGCCACCGAUGCGCCUGGUGGCCAGACUCCAAGUGGGACCGGCGGACACGCAGCCUCGCGUGUCAGGGGAAGCUGAUGGAGAAUCGAGCUCUGGAUCCAGGGACUCGGGACUCCUAUGGUGCCACCAGCCACCUCCCCAACAAGGGGGCCCUGGCGAAGGUCAAGAACAACUUCAAAGACUUGAUGUCCAAACUGACGGAGGGCCAGUAUGUGCUGUGCCGGUGGACAGAUGGCCUGUACUACCUCGGGAAGAUCAAGAGGGUCAGCAGCUCUAAGCAAAGCUGCCUCGUGACUUUCGAAGAUAAUUCCAAAUACUGGGUCCUAUGGAAGGACAUACAGCAUGCCGGUGUUCCAGGAGAGGAGCCCAAGUGCAACAUCUGCCUAGGGAAGACAUCAGGGCCGCUGAAUGAGAUCCUCAUCUGCGGGAAGUGUGGCCUGGGUUACCACCAGCAGUGCCACAUCCCCAUAGCGGGCAGUGCUGACCAGCCCCUGCUCACACCUUGGUUCUGCCGACGCUGCAUCUUCGCACUGGCUGUGCGGAAAGGCGGCGCGCUGAAGAAGGGCGCCAUCGCCAGGACGCUGCAGGCCGUGAAGAUGGUGCUGUCCUACCAGCCCGAGGAGCUCGAGUGGGACUCGCCCCAUCGCACCAACCAGCAGCAAUGCUACUGCUACUGCGGCGGGCCCGGAGAAUGGUACCUGCGGAUGCUGCAAUGUUACCGGUGCAGGCAGUGGUUCCACGAGGCCUGCACCCAGUGCCUUAAUGAGCCCAUGAUGUUUGGAGACCGGUUUUACCUGUUCUUCUGCUCCGUGUGUAACCAGGGCCCAGAGUACAUCGAGAGGCUGCCCCUGCGAUGGGUGGAUGUGGUUCACCUGGCCCUCUAUAAUCUGGGGGUACAGAGCAAGAAGAAGUACUUUGACUUUGAGGAGAUUCUGGCCUUUGUCAACCACCACUGGGAGCUCCUGCAGCUUGGCAAGCUCACCAGCACCCCAGUGACAGAUCGAGGACCGCAUCUCCUCAACGCUCUGAACAGUUAUAAAAGCCGGUUCCUCUGCGGCAAGGAGAUCAAGAAGAAGAAGUGCAUCUUCCGCCUGCGCAUCCGCGUCCCACCCAACCCGCCAGGGAAGCUGCUGCCUGACAAGGGACUGCUGCCAAAUGAGAACAGCGCCUCCUCUGAGCUGCGUAAGAGAGGAAAGAGCAAGCCUGGUUUGUUGCCUCACGAAUUCCAGCAGCAGAAAAGGCGAGUUUAUAGAAGAAAAAGAUCAAAGUUUUUGCUGGAAGAUGCUAUUCCCAGUAGUGACUUCACCUCAGCCUGGAGCACCAACCACCACCUGGCUAGCAUAUUUGACUUCACGCUGGAUGAAAUUCAAAGUUUAAAAAGUGCCAGCUCAGGCCAGACCUUCUUCUCAGAUGUCGACUCCACCGACGCUGCCAGCACCUCUGGCUCUGCCUCCACCAGCCUCUCCUAUGACUCCAGAUGGACAGUGGGCAGCCGAAAGAGGAAGCUGGCAGCCAAGGCAUACAUGCCCCUGCGGGCAAAGCGGUGGGCAGCUGAGCUGGAUGGACGCUGCCCCUCGGACAGCAGUGCAGAGGGGGCUUCAGUCCCCGAGCGGCCAGACGAAGGCAUUGACAGCCACACAUUUGAGAGCAUCAGUGAAGAUGACUCAUCCCUGUCCCACCUCAAGUCAUCUAUCACCAACUACUUUGGUGCAGCUGGGCGGUUGGCCUGUGGGGAGAAGUACCAGGUGUUGGCUCGGAGGGUCACACCUGAAGGCAAGGUUCAGUACCUGGUGGAGUGGGAAGGGACCACCCCUUACUGACUAGCCCCCGGGGGUGCCAGGGGUCCUGAAAACCAAAGGAGGAGCAGCAGAAGCCAUAGGCUCCCCAGCUUUCUCCAGGCUGGGAUGGGAGAAGGAAGCAGGACAGAGCUGCAAGUGCCUGGCAGAACGCCCUGCCUGCCUGCCUGCCAGGCCAAGGCCUGCGUCUCUCUGCUGUACCAGCUCUGUUCCAGGGCCUCCUCAGGCUCGUUACCCCUGUGCCUGUGUCUCUACACACUCCACACCCCCUCAAACUCUGUUUAUCUGUUCUCUGACCUUGUGUCCCCUGCUCUGGGACCCUUCCUCCUGAGGCCCAGGUCUUUGUCCCCAGUUGCGUGCCUUGAUCUCUCUCGCCCCUUUUUGGGUGUGUUCGCACAUCCUGUGUGUGCACAGCUGUCCCUCCACUGGAUCCCCUUCAUACGUGACCCGUGGGGCAGCCAGUCCUCCCAGGGACUACAUAACAGGCACCUUUGAGAGAGCAUGGGAGAAGGUGGAUAAGAGGAUGCUGCUCAGUGCUUUUCUCUUCCACUUUCCUGCCACUCCCCACUGCUCUCGGAGAGAGGUGGUGGGAUGGGAGAAAGCCCCUGUGAAAGCCUGUGAGGAUCUGAAGAGUGAAGGGCUGGGUCUGCCUCAGAAGGCACCAGCACCAGGGCCCAGGUAUUAAGGCUGAGAGUGAAGGCUGCCAGUGUCAGCUUUGGAGGUCCCAGAAGUCUUCUGUUCCCUGGCCACACCCCCUCAGUCACCAUAGAGCUGGGCCUGGCCUUGCUGGAAUGGAGGCAUCCUUCCAAACCUGGGGGACGGGGGUGGGGGGUGGUAGUGGUGGGAGGGAAACCAUGUCGUGCUAAACCUGUUUCUGGUGCCUCCCACCCCCAGACCCACCAGACACCACACAGCAGACAAUACACACCCACUCGCACAAGCUUCCAUCCACAUGUGUUGUACUUUCAGUUCUAGGCACGCAGACAACCCCACACGGCCACACCACCACAUGCCCAAGUGUACACACACACAGCCACACAGUCCCUCUCGGCCUGCUGGCUCCUCCCUUGGCUUUCCCUUGGCCCACUUCCAGGGCCCAGGUGCUGCAACUAAAUGUGAAAGCUCAGUGGCCGCUCCUUCUUUCAGCCCAUCAACCAGCAUUGGUCCCAUAGGGAAGCACAGGGGACUCAUCCUCUUUCAUAUCCCUUGCCCUGCCCUGAAAUGGACAAUCACUUUUUGGGAUAGGUUGAAAUUUUUAAAGGGCCUGCAUCAUUCAGUUCCCUCAAAGGGAAGCCCUUGCCAGUGGGGGUUUGAAAGAGAAUUUUUGGAACCAACAUUCAAAUUCUGCCUCAUCUGGAGGGAAACCAAAAUUGGGAGGGGGAAGAGGACCCCUCAUGUUUUGCUGCUUCCAGAGAUAUUAGAAACUGACUCACUUGAUUGGAAAAUGGACAAAAGUGCCUUGACGUGGAGGGUGGGCACCAGAUGGGGACCAGCCUUGCCAACUGCUGCUGUGGCCUCCAGCUUGGCUGGUUUUGCAGGCCGCCAGCAGGAAGGCGAAGGUGGUAGUACAGCAAGAGGCACUGGCGGGGCAGCAGGCCUGCAGGAGCUGUUUUUCCAUUGCUAGGCCUGACCCCUCUCUACCUGUGAGCGUUCAGGGGGUCCCCUGAGAUAGUUUAGAUGCCCCCCCGAUCUUAGACCUCAGCUCCCACAGUGCCUUUUAAGGGGGACCUCACCUCCUGUGCACAGCCCACCCACUUUCCUCUGCUUCCCUGGCACAGCCCAGGCAUAGACGAGCUGGCGUUGGACCCAGUUCUUCCCCCUUCUCAGCCCCACAGCUGCUGCCACAGGGGCCAACUGGGGCCAGGUGGAAGGGGAGCUGAGAAGCCAACCCCUAGCCCAGGGGUGCUGUGGGAACUGGGAUCCAAUUUGUAGCUUCCUGCCUGGCUUCAGAGAGCCCAGCAACCUUCUAGGCCUGCUUUCCAGACUUCUGAGAUAGCCUGGGACGAGCAAUCCUGUUACAGUACAUCUGGACCUUCCCUACCUGGGCUCUGGGGAGGCUCUGGGCUUGGAGAGGGAAAAGGAGGGAGGGGGUGUCUGCACCACCUGGGAAGAUAGCACAAGGCCUAAUGAGGUCACCCUGACUCCCCACCCCAGCAUUUCAUUCAUACCAGAUAAUAGCUGCAUUACUGCCAACUGACCUUAUAACCCUCUGCACCUUCAAAAAGAUUCAUGGUUUUUAAUUGCUGCUUUUAAUAACAUUUGUUAAAGUUAUAA